AUGAGUGGACGCGGAAAGACCGGAGGAAAAGCCAGAGCUAAGGCCAAGACCCGCUCUUCCAGAGCCGGCCUCCAGUUCCCGGUGGGCCGUGUCCACAGGCUGCUGCGUAAAGGUAACUACGGGGAGCGCGUGGGUGCCGGAGCGCCCGUCUACCUGGCCGCCGUGCUGGAGUACCUGACGGCUGAGAUCCUGGAGCUGGCAGGAAACGCUGCCCGCGACAACAAGAAGACCCGCAUCAUCCCCCGUCACCUGCAGCUGGCCGUGCGCAACGACGAGGAGCUCAACAAGCUGCUGGGCGGAGUGACCAUCGCUCAGGGCGGCGUGCUGCCCAACAUCCAGGCGGUGCUGCUGCCCAAGAAGACCGAGAAGGCCGCCAAGGCCAAGUAGAC